GUUUCAUGGGCGGGACAGUGGGAGGAGUGGGGCAGCACUGCUGAGGCGUAUCCUAUAUUUUUAAUGGGGGUUGGUUCGUUAUAAGGCCAAAUCAGAAAAAUCGAAAAACGGUUUUCUUGAGUUCUCUCUCUCGCUGCCUCUCUGCCUCUCUGCCUCUCUGCCUCGCUCGAGGAGGAGGCAUGGACGACCAAUGCAGCAAAGCGGAGCUGGAGACUGGCAGGGCGGACCGAUCGGUUUGGUUGAUGAAGUGCCCCACCAUGGUGUCUCGGUCAUGGCAAUCUCACGCUCCCUCCGACUCGACUCGCCACCUCGCGAAGGUUGUACUUUCCGUCGACCCUCUCCGUCCCAACGACGACAACUCAUCUCCUCAGUUCACGAUGGAGUUGGUUGGCAAUGAACCCGGAAAUGGACCUAAGUGUUACUCGUUGGAUAUGUCAAAAGACUUUAUUCCCAUGUGUGUAUUCUCUGAGACAAGUCAAGGAAGGGUUGCCAUGGAAGGUAAAGUGCUACAUAAAUUUGACAUGAAGCCCCAUAAUGAAAAUAUUGGGGAUUAUGGGAAACUUUGCCGUGAAAGGACAAACAAAUAUAUGGUUAAAACUAGACAAAUUCAGGUGAUUGAUAAUGAUCGUGGAGUGCAUAUGAGGCCUAUGCCUGGGAUGGUUGGAUUACUAACAUCUGGAUCCAAGGACAAGAAGAAAACAGUACCAGUUAAAGGAUCAGACUUGAAAAGAUCAAGAAGAGACCGUGGAGAAAUGGAAGAGAUUAUGUUUAAGCUCUUUGAAAGACAACCAAAUUGGACACUGAGGCAAUUGAUCCAAGAGACUGACCAACCUGAACAAUUCGUGAAAGAUAUACUUAAGGACCUUUGUAUCUACAACAACAAGGGAUCAAAUCAAGGAACCUACGAGCUAAAGCCUGAAUAUAAGAGAUCAGGUGAGGAAGGGAAUCCUGAGUAGCCUGACAACCAAAAGGAAUGGGCUUGAUUGUCUGACCUUAACCAGAAUAUGAACUCUUCAAAGGUUCAUUUUUGCUCAUAGUUUUUUUUUUUUUUUAAGCUUAACGAAAGUUCAAAUUAACAUGAUGGGCAGAAGUAGCUGAGGUUAUUCCAAAAUGUCAGGUUUCCUUUUUUUGAACCUUCAGGUCAUGCUUAGAUUUUCUUUUAUUUUUUAUGACCUCACUCUGGGUUUGGAGGUUAGAAUUUCCACUAUAGUAAAGAGUUGAUAAUAUUUCCGUGGUAAUACCAUUCUGCAAGGCACUUUGAGGCA